CGGUGCGCGGCGGCGGCGGCAUGAAUGAGGCGGAGGGGUUGCGGCAGCGCCGGCCGCUGCGGCCGCAGGUCAUCACCGAGGACAGCCCCGCGCAGCAGGACAAGGAGGGCAGUGCUUACAGCAGCAAGGUGUUCCGGGUUACUUUCUUGACUUUGGCUGCAUCUCUAACUGUACCUCUGCUUGGAGUAACUGUUCUCCUGGAUUGCCCUAUAGACCCUCAGCCUAUAAGUUUGAAGGAACCUCCACUCCUGACGGGUGUGCUUGAGCCCAAUGUCAAGUUGCGCAAAGCUGAGCGGUUAUGGGAAAAUCAGCUGCUUGGACCCGAGUCCAUUGCCAACAUCGGGGAUGUGCUAUUUACUGGGACAGCUGAUGGGAAGAUUAUCAAAAUUGAAGAUGGAGAAAUACAAACAAUAGCCAGAAUUGGCCACGGUCCUUGUGGAACCCGUGAUGAUGAGCCAACGUGUGGAAGACCACUUGGCAUCAGAGUGGGACCAAAUAACACCCUUUUUGUGGCAGAUGCUUAUUAUGGACUCUAUGAAGUUAAUCCCGGUACAGGUGAAACGAAAAUGCUCGUGUCAACCAAAACACCAAUUGAAGGUCAGAAGCUGUCAUUUGUGAAUGACCUUACAGUGACCAGGGAUGGGAGGAAAAUCUACUUCACUGACUCCAGUAGCAAAUGGCAAAGGCGAGACUACUUAUACUUGAUCAUGGAAGGCUCAGAUGAUGGGCGUCUGCUGGAAUAUGACACAGUGACAAAAGAAGUGAAGGUCUUAAUGGUGGGGCUAAGGUUUCCCAAUGGUGUCCAGCUCUCUCCUGCGGAAGACUUUGUCCUGGUGCAGGAGACAACCAUGGCUAGAAUCAGGAGGUAUUAUGUAUCUGGGCUGAUGAAAGGUGGAGCAGAUAUGUUUGUUGAGAAUAUGCCUGGUCUUCCAGAUAAUAUCAGGUUAAGCAGCUCUGGAGGAUAUUGGGUAGCUAUGGCAGCUGUCCGUCCCAAUCCUGGAUUUUCUUUGCUGGAUUUCUUGUCUGAAAAACCAUGGAUUAAAAGGAUGAUAUUUAAGUUGCUGAGUCAGGAAACUGUGACAAAGUUUGUGCCCAAAUACAGCCUUGUUGUUGAACUAAGCGAGACAGGAGCCUACAAAAGAAGCUUUCAUGAUCCCAAUGGGGUAACAGUAGCUUACGUUAGCGAGGCACAUGAGCACAAUGGAUAUCUUUACCUGGGCUCCUUCCGGUCUCCGUUUAUUUGCAGACUGAAUCUUCAGCAUGUUUAACUGCCCAUCCAUGAUAAAGUGCCGCUGUCCUAGAAUACUCCAGAGGUACGAGGGAAGUGUGUGCUUCAGCCAGCAUGUGACCAAGGACAAAACGUGAAAGACAGUCUGUUCAUGUGCAGUAGUGCUGUUCUGGUGCCAUAGGAAAACGUACAGCUCGCUGUACUUGUCCUCUUCCUUGUUUUGUCUGCUCUUGUUUUGGAGUUGGCAUGCCUCAUUGUUGGUAUCUGAGGAGUAUGGUGGGGCAUCUUCAUACCGUUAUGUGCUCCUUAAAGAAAAUCUGUUGCUUUUCCAUGCUCAGCUCUGUUUGGAGUUGUCCUAAUCAUCUGUCACCUUUAAUGUAACUGUAUGUUUUCUUAUACUGGGAGGAUUUGUGAUGUAUGGAAUUUAACUGUGUAUGAUUCAGGUUGAAGAGGAUGUCCUGCAUGUGUUUAUUUCUGUUUUAGAACCUCCUGUUCAGGAGAGAUUACAGUGCAUGUUCUAAUGUCAUACCAUGGUGCUGUGGUAGAGGCAGCAACAUCCAGAACAUGCCUAGAAAUCUAGUUACACCAUUUGGGUUUCUUCAGUUCCAGCCUGUGUAAUCAACAUCAGACACUACAAUUAGCUGUUAAUCAAGAUGCAGAAUCAACUUGCCUGUGA